GGCCUCAUGCCUCUAGCGCGGCCCUCGGGGGGGCGAAGGUGAAGACCGGCUCCUAGGAUGAGUGAAGGGGCGGCCGCUGCUUCGCCACCUGGAGCCGCUUCGGCAGCCGCCGCCUCGGCCGAGGAGGGCACCGCGGCGGCUGCGGCGGCGGCGGGCGGGGGCCCGGACGGCGGCGGCGAAGGGGCGGCCGAGCCCCCCCGGGAGUUACGCUGUAGCGACUGCAUCGUGUGGAACCGGCAGCAGACGUGGCUGUGCGUGGUGCCUCUGUUCAUCGGCUUCAUCGGCCUGGGGCUCAGCCUCAUGCUCCUCAAAUGGAUCGUGGUGGGCUCCGUCAAGGAAUACGUGCCCACCGACCUGGUGGACUCCAAGGGGAUGGGCCAGGACCCCUUCUUCCUCUCCAAGCCCAGCUCCUUCCCCAAGGCCAUGGAGACCACCACUACGACAACUUCCACCACGUCCCCAGCCACCCCCUCCGCCGGUGGCGCCGCCUCUUCCAGGACGCCCAACCGGAUUAGCACCCGCCUGACCACCAUCACGCGGGCGCCAACUCGCUUCCCCGGACACCGGGUGCCCAUCCGGGCCAGCCCGCGCUCCACCACAGCACGGAACAGCGCCCCCCCGACGGUCUUGUCCACGACAGCCCCUUUCUUCAGUAGCAGUACUCCAGGCUCCAGACCCCCGGUGCCAGGAACCCCCAGUACGCAGGCCAUGCCCUCCUGGCCCACUGCGGCAUACGCUACCUCCUCCUAUCUUCAUGACUCCACUCCUUCCUGGACCCUGUCUCCCUUUCAGGAUGCUGCCUCCUCCUCCUCCACUUCCUCGUCCUCCUCCCCUACCACCACCACGCCAGAAACUAGCACCAGCCCCAAAUUUCCUACGACAACAUACUCCACCGAGCGAUCCGAGCACUUCAAACCCUGCCGAGACAAGGACCUUGCCUACUGUCUCAACGAUGGCGAGUGCUUUGUGAUCGAAACCUUGACCGGAUCCCAUAAACACUGUCGGUGCAAAGAAGGCUACCAAGGAGUCCGUUGUGAUCAAUUUCUGCCGAAAACUGAUUCCAUCUUAUCGGAUCCAACAGACCACUUGGGGAUUGAAUUCAUGGAGAGUGAAGAAGUUUAUCAAAGGCAGGUGCUGUCAAUUUCAUGCAUCAUCUUUGGAAUUGUCAUCGUGGGCAUGUUCUGUGCAGCGUUCUACUUCAAAAGCAAGAAACAAGCUAAACAAAUUCAAGAGCAGCUGAAAGAGCCACAUAAUGGUAAAAACUACAGUCUCAAAGCAUCGAGCACGAUGGCAAAGUCAGAGAACUUGGUGAAAAAUCAUGUCCAGCUGCAAAACUAUUCAAAGGCGGAAAGGCAUCCUGUGACUGCAUUGGGGAAAAUGAUGGAGUCAAGUUUUGCCGGCCCCCAGUCAUUCCCAGAGGUCCCUUCUCCUGACAGAGGAAGCCAAUCUGUCAAACACCACAGGAGUCUCUCCUCUUGCUGCAGCCCAGGGCAAAGGAGUGGUAUGCUCCACAGAAACGCCUUCAGAAGGACACCCCCUUCUCCCAGAAGUAGGCUGGGCGGAAUUGUGGGACCAGCAUAUCAGCAACUCGAGGAAUCAAGGAUUCCCGACCAGGAUACAAUACCUUGCCAAGGGAUAGAGGUCAGGAAGACUAUAUCCCACCUGCCUAUACAGCUGUGGUGUGUUGAAAGAUCCCUGGACUUAAAGUAUUCAUCCAAUGGUUUAACAACCCAACAAAAUGCAUCAAUAAAUAUGCAACUGCCUUCAAGAGAGACAAAUUCCUAUUUUAAUAGUUUGGAUCAAAAGGACCUGAUGGGAUAUUCAUCCCCAAGGGCCAGUUCCGUACCCAUCAUCCCCUCAGUGGGUCUAGAGGAAACCUGCAUGCAAAUGCCAGGGAUUUCUGAAGUCAAAAGCAUCAAAUGGUGCAAAAACUCCUACUCUGCUGAUAUUGUCAAUGUGAGUAUUCCAGUCAGCGAUUGUCUCAUAGUGGAACAACAAGAAGUGAAAAUAUUGCUAGAAACUGUCCAGGAGCAGAUCCGAAUUCUGACUGAUGCCAGGCGGUCAGAAGACUAUGAACUGGCCAGCAUAGAAACCGAGGACAAUGCGAGUGAAAACACAGCCUUUCUCCCCCUAAGUCCCACGGCCAAAUCAGAACGAGAGGCACAAUUUGUCUUACGAAGUGAAAUACAAAGAGACCCUGCACUGACCAAGUGACUUUGAGAUAUAGGAAUCUGUGCAUUCUAUGCUUUGCUCAACAGGAAAGAGAGGAGAUUAAAUACAAAUUAUUUAUAUGCAUUAAUUUAAGAGCAUCUACUUAGAAGAAACCAAAUAGUCUAUCGCCCUCAUAUCAUAGUGUUUUUUAACAAAAUAUUUUUUUAAAGGGAAAGAAAUGUUUCAAGAGGGAUAAAGCUUACCUAAAGCUUUUGGGUAGAAUUCUGAGUACAAUUUCAGUCAGUCCCAAUACCGUCCUCUUUGGCUCUUAGUAGAUGUGGGCAAAUCAGACCCUCCGCCCCACAGCGCCAGUGGCCUAUAAAAAAGCACUGGCAGUUACCCAGUUUCAGUGAGAUGAGCUGUGCCCUGAGGGCGGACAUGCCAGUGAGCAGGUGUCCCUUGCCAUUUGGCUUGCCAAUCCCAAACCCUAAAUUUCUAUUCACUCGACAGCCUCAUCACAGGUUAUGUCAUGUCAACAAAUGUAGUGUUUUCUAUUUACUUUUUGAAGAAUGGCUAAAAGACUCUGGAAGGAGAAAGGCAGGAGGUAGAGGGAGUCACAGGGCAAUCUUAGCCACUCUUAUGUGCCAGCUUCCUCUGAAAUUUGAAGGCAGAGGAUCUCAGAGGAAGGUACGAAAUUAUUGCGGAAAAAGAGACAAAAACAUCAACGUUGUGUCAUUAAAAUCAUGCUAGGAGAAAUGUUUUUCUUUAAGAUUGUUUAGGGGCUCCAAAGGAGCAUUUCUCAGUGUGUGUGUGUGUGUGUGUGUGUGUGUGUGUGUGUCUGUGUGUGUGUGUGUGUGGGCUUGCUCAUUCGAGCAACGGUAUGCUAUAUGCACAUGUGUUCAUUGUGCAUAUGUGUGUGCAUGUGUGUGUGUAUUAAGCUUGCUAAAAUUUGUUCUGAAACAUCAGGGAAUCUAAUAUUCAGAAAAAAAUUUCCCUCUUAGAUCUGUCCACUUUCAAUUUUUCCAUUAAGUAUAAAGUUCAGUUAGUAAAUCAAGGUCACUUGCAUGAUGGGGGUCCUGUAAAACUCUCGAUAAUGCCUAGACCAUUUCUGAUGUGAAUAUUUUUGAGAGGAACAACUAUUGGCUCAUUAAUGAUAACAGUACCACAAGGCAAGUUGGGGAUGUGUGUUUAAUUUGAAUCAUGCAUACUUAAAUUAUUUAUAAAAGCCAGUAAUCAAAUUGUAGUUAUCCAUUGCUUUCUCAUCAUCCUCAUUACUAUUUAUUUUGUAGCAAGUCUACUACGUGUGGACCAAGACAUUGGCUUCUGUGGUUAAUACGGAAAGAAUAAAUUGUUGAAAACACAAAGCCCAGACUAUUCAGUUCACAGGAAGCCCCCAAAAGAACAGUAAAUUGUGCUGUAUGUUCAUUUGGAAUAAAGCAAUAUUUUUUCCACUGCUAAGGUGAACUGAAACUUCUCCUGAAGAUCUGUCUGUUUUAUUUACCCUUAUUUUUAUGGGGCAUUCAAAGAAAUUAGUGUUCACAUAACCAGUCUUUUUCCAGUAUUGGUGGUGUUGAGUUGUUAUGUUUACACUGUUUUAAAUAAAAAGGCACAGUAUUUGAAAGUAUUUAAAAGAUUUAUUUCACUUAAGUUUGGGAAAACCUUGAUUAAAAUUUACUUGUGGAAGAUUCAUAUUCCAUUGAAAGGGAAUGUAACUAUUUCUGAAUCAAAUAUUGAUUCUUAUGGAAGAUUAAGUUCUGUUUAAAAUGAAUGACAAAUUGCUCUUUGAGAUUAUUUUUUUUAAUACCAGACAUAAUGCCAUAGGGGAAAAGACUAUUGUUUAGUGGUAACUCAAAGACUCAAAUGCUGAAAAUAUUUUAGUAGAAAUGCAUUUUAUCUUUAACAAAAGGUUUGUGGUAUUCAUUAGAUGUCCCAUUAUCAUUCUAUUGUUUUGAAUGUAGAGGUAAUACUGUUAGAUCCUUAAAAGAUUACAAAUUUUUAACAUCUAGAUUAUCUAACUACUCAUUGAGAAAUAUUAUAUCUUUGGGAAAAUUUUAGAAAGAUGGUCUUAACAGGUAUAGAAAAACCCUGCAAGUUGCAAUAUCCAGUAUGUUGUGUUGAAAUCAACCUCAUCUUGGGUUUUUCGCUAAAAUGUUACCUGUUGCAUAUCUAAUGGAUUCAUACAGAAGCCACCUAAUUAGAAGGUUGUAUAUUCUGUGACUUGCCACAGUUAUUUUAAUACAUCAUUUACUCUGAGAAGAUCAAAAUCAUCAAACUUAAGUCCUGAUCCAACCGCUUAUUUUUUUUAAGUACAAUGAUAUAUUAUGUGAUUAUAAAUAGCCUCAUGCAUUCUAAAGAGUAUGAACAGCCAGAACCUCUACUGGUGGUCUGAUGUAAAGUUUAGAGGUAGUAAUGUCCAAAUUGAUAGUUGAGACUAAAAUGCUCUGUUAAGAACAAUUAUUAGUGGUCAAUUUCAGUGGUCAUUUGUCCCCUUUUGGAGUAUGAAGCUCUCCUGUGAAAAAGGUCCACAUCAAAAAGCACCUCUUUGGGCACCAGCUGACAAGUGCUGAUUGCAUCAAGAUUCAAAGUUGAUACAAUGUGGCCAACACCUGAAGCCAUCGGUAUCUUGUCCUUCAAGCUCACGUGCCUACAGAGAAGUUUUUAUUUCUACAAAACACCUUUGAUUUUUCAUUUUUCUUGCAUUUAUUAUGUGAAUAGAUAUUUGGAGAUUUGGUAAUUAAUUAAGUUGCAUAUUCAUUAUUUCCAUGAGAAUGAAUGUCACUCAUUUAUGACCCUGAAUCAUUUCCUGAUGUCUUUUAUUUUUUUUUAAAUAAAGUUAUGUUAUUCUAAUUUGCCAGGGACCUCUAUAGAAUGCUGUUCAAAAUAUCUGAACAAUUUUAUGCUAAUAAUAGGGAAAGUUAUGUUGGAAGAUUGGCAUCUAAAUUUUCUGAUUUUCCUAUGUAUAUUAAGUGCUCUAUGUUUUACACUCUUGUCCAAUAUCUACCUUGCUGUGAUUGAAGAACUGAUUAUUCGUUGGUUGAUCCAAUCUCCAAUGCUUUACAUUAUUUCCAAGUAGCAAUACAGCAAGUUCCUCUGGAGGAAAAACAGUGCUAUUUUUAGGACUUCAUAAUGUUUUGACCAUAAUAAGUUCUCAAACCUACCAAAAAAAUGAACAAAGGGGCCAAGCAGAUUCCAGAGAAUGACCACUGGCUUCUGGAUUGAUUGACAGCUACAACCUGAGUGGAGCUUCUGGGGACAAUGACAAAGGCUUUCAAUAACCAGGUCUCUACCCGAGUAUGCUUGAUAUAUGUAACAGUCACUUACACUUUCCCUGCAGUAUGGUGCUAUAGGGGAAACCAUGAUUCCCUAUGUGAAGGGGAUGGUAAUUCCUCUGACUCUAGCCCACAAACCAGAAAAUAUUGCCCUGAGACAAGUGCUGUGAAACACUUCCCAAAUCAAUCUAUAGUAUACCUAGGAACACAGGAGGAGGGGUGGGGUUUUUAUUUGAGCUUUUGUUAUCCAGGAAACAUUUUAUAUAUAAAGAAUACUUUUUUAUUAUUAUUCAAUUGUAUAGAUUCAGUACCGUGUAUUCAAUGAUAGCAUGUCUAUACUAUGUUUGUACCUUAGUCUGCAGAAAUUCAGUCUUCAUCCAGGAAAGACCAAUACAAUGUUUCUGGGCUAUUCUCUAUUUUAAAUUCAUCCCAAUACAUGAUGGGAAAUGAGGCCUUUAAAUAAGCUUUAUCUCUUCCUCUUUUAUUCUUUCUUUCCCUUUUAAAGAAAUAGUGAGGGAAAAGGGAGAAAUGCAUUCCUUAAGAUCAACAUUGUUCUCUUAAUCUAUUCCCUACUGUGACUACACACACACACUCAUACAUAUACGAGCAUAUAUGUAUGUAUUAAAAUAUAUAUGUAUAUUACAUUUAGGUGUUUGGUUAUUUUGGUAGAUUUAUUUUUACUUCAUUUGACAAAUAUUAAAGUGAUUGCCUCAUGGAAUGCCAAUGAAAUAAAAUCAUUCAGAAAUCA